AUGGGCAUCAAGCUCCGCAACGACACCAACAGCGACAUCAUAGCCAUUGUCUUUACGUACCUCUUUGUGCCGCACCCGGCGCUCGUGUAUCGCACAACACUUGUCGUGCACCCUGGCGAGCGCAUUUACUGUCCUACGUGGCAGAGCAUGGUCGAGAUCGUCAUGUGGGAAACGACGCUCCGAAACCGGACACUUGUACACCAUGUGCGCCAAAAGAUCUCGGACAAAAUGGCCGCAAUCAAUAUGGGGCGGCUCGCGUUCUCCGUGUUCGGCACAGAAUAUCUCGUGAGCGCCGCCGAGACGGUCGCCGAUAUGCUGCUCGACGGCGUCAUGGACAAGGUCAUCCACAACAUUCUUGAGGCUGCAAUCGACCUUGUCAUUGGCGAGUUGGCUGCGACGGUGGACGGUGCACUUGCGGCGCGGGAAAACGCGGCGCUUCGCCACGCCCGCGCAGAGACCCGUGGGACAAGGUUCACAUGGAAGACGAUUCGCUUUACGAUGGAUUUGCUUGUCGAGCAGCGUCAAUUCAAGAUCGAGCGCGAUGCCACCAAUAGACUUGCUGUCGAUGACGCGGGCUUUUCGUAG